GCGUUAAAAACAGGUCAACUUUACUUCUUAUUCAGUCUUUAGCUCUAUGCGAGCUUAGAAAUAACAUUAGUGUUUUAAAGUCCUCUGUUAGUUGUGUAGGUUUCAGCAAUAUGUAGUAACUGAACGUCUUAAUUUUACGUUGGCAGUGUUGAAACUAGUGUAAAUUCAUAAAACAUGUCGCUCGUAGCUUCAUGUAGCAGUCGUUUGUCUUCACAUCAUGUCAUAAUAAGAUGGUCAUAGAAAUGUCAGGGGUGUCAUCACAGACUCAGGACAAUGCAGACCACUAGCUGAUUGAUCCAUGUGAUGCUCUGUGCUCUCAAUGGAGAGUAGCAGUGAAGAAGAGGCAGCAUCUGAUGAAGAGUGUGGAGACAAAGCGGGCAGCAGGACUGUGGAGGAUGGAGAUUUGGAGGUCACAUCUGGAUUUAACCCAUCAAGGAGCACAUCUGGAGACCUCUCUGCAGACACUCUGGCUCAACUGACGAGGAAGAAUGAGGGGGGAUCAGAGGGAGAGACUGGACCCACACCAACAAGUGGUGUGAUGUCUGAAGAUCCAGCGGAGAGGGAUGCUCCCUCUGCGUCUCCCUCCAGCUUCACGGAUACAUAUGAUCCCUCUGCAUCCGGCAUCUCCUCAUCCAGCUCCUCCUGUUCCUCCUCCAGCCGUCACCUCGCCGAUAAGUCUCCCUCAUCCCCUUCUCCUUCUCCCCUGUGCCUGACUCCACCUUUGCCUCCUUCUGUGGAGCUGUCGGACGUGUUGACCGACACACGGCUGACCCUGGACGUGUACCAGGCAGGAGCAGCUGCCUUGCCUUUGCUGUGGCGGUCCGUCCCAGGACAGCUGAGGGACAUCCAGUACCUGAGGAUGGGCUCUGAAGAUAAACCAGGGCUGGAUGGUGCAUUGGAUGUCCUGCCACGUUUGACUAGGCUGCGAUCAAUAGCUAUCAGAGGGAACUGCUUCUAUGAUUCACAUGGGGACCCCCUGCCGGGCCUCCUCACCUCUUUACCCUCAUCUUUUUCCUCCCUUUCUCAUCUGGUACACCUGGAUCUCUCCUUCAACCAGCUCUCCUGUUUCCCACCCUGCCUGCUCAGCCUGCCCGCUCUCUCCUCUCUCCUCCUUUGCCACAACCGCCUCUCGGCCUUGCCCGCCGAUGUAGGUCAGCUGUCGUCCCUCAGCUUCCUCUCUCUCCUGGGCAACAAGCUGAUGUCUCUUCCCCCGAGUCUUGGUCAGCUGGGAUCGCUUCAGACGCUCGAUGUGUCUCAUAACCUUCUCCAGCAACUACCUGAUGAAAUUGGUUCUCUGGGGAAGCUCGUUACGCUGGAGCUAUCACACAACAAGCUGAAUCGGUUACCAGAGAGCAUGGGCUCUCUCCUGUCACUCAGGCAGCUUUUUAUCUAUUGCAACGACCUCCGCCUGAUCCCACAGUGUCUGAACAAACUGCCUCUGCUCAAGAUAGCGGCACGUGGUAAUCCUUUGGGAAAACCCCCAACGCCUCCUCCUCUACCUCCUACGCCAGAUCGAGCAGAAACCAAAAUACCAGAGCUGCACCUUGGAUUCAAUCAGCACAGCUUCAGUGUUUCGUCUGCUGGGUGUCAUGUGUUCAUCCCCGGAGGGGCUGAGCUGCUUUUCCCCCCAGGGUGCCUGGAGACAACCACAAGACUGGAGUGGGCCAGCAAGAGACCAGAGCGAAAGUGGGUGGCGCUCGAGGAGCAUGACAUCCUCCUGAGCCGGCCCCUGGAGCUGCGUCCUCACGGUAUUACGUUCUUGAAGCCUGUGGAGGUGUGUGUGCCGUACCAUCGGGCUAGAAGAAGGGAGGUGUUGGUGCGUACGUUUGACGGACGCUCAUGGAGCUCUCUGCCCACUAAUUUGAGGAGAGGGAGCGAGAGCCACAGCAGCCACCCCGGGGGACGUCCAGCCAGGCUGGCGUGCUGCUCUGUGAGCCACUUCUCCUGGUUCAUGGCGGUGUCCCGCCCAGUGAAGGACAGUUGUCUUGUGACGCCAGCCGGAGCCCUCCUGGUGUCCAGCUCCGAUCCUGGAAUCAAGCUGAGCUUCCCUCCAGACUCCACUCUGCAGACUCGCACCAUAACUUUACAGGUGCUGCAGGUGUCGAUAUCAGAGGUGCAGGCUCUGGGCAAUGAUCCUCAGGCCAGAGUCAGUCCGCUUCUCUGUCUCUCCCAGACUCCCAGCAUGCAUUUCCUGCAGCCAGUGAAGGUUCAGAUCCCUCUUCCUUCUGGAGUCACUGGCCACACAGUGGAUAUGUCCUGUUUGCAUCUGCUUCAUGGAGAUCCUGCUGCUCAGACCUGGACAGACAUCACAUCACAAGUGUCUCUCUGCGUCACCCAUCUAUAUGCUGUUUUCUACAUUACACAUUUCUCCUGGUACUGGCUGUGGUACACCACGCAGCGCUGUGUGAGCGGGGUGGUCAGGAGAGUCUACCAGAGGCUGAAACAGUUUCGAGUCCAGUUCUUCGUCCUCCAGCGGAAGACGGAUCCCUCACAAGUGCUGCUUCAGUGCUUACCUGCCAACAAGGUAGAGGGCAGAGUGCAGACUUUGUCUGAGCAGUAUGACGGGCCGCAGCCCUCAGACCUGUGUGACCUGCUGGAGGGAGAACAGUUCUUCGCCGGCUUCGAGAGGGGCUUAGAUAUCAGCACAGACAGACCGGACUGUGUGGGAGGAAGGCUUUGUUUUGUUUUCUACUCAAGCCUGAAGAAUUUAAAGGAAGUGUACAUCUGUGCAGCUCCGGGUCAGAAGGAGCCAGUGAGGGGACAGGUGUCGUUUUAUCGAGGGGAGAUUCCCAGCAACCUUCCAGAGGAAGUGUCCAGGAAGAGGAAGGGACUGGACAGCCAGUGGCUUGCUACUUUACCACUGAGACUUCCUGCACGAAAUGCAGACAACAGUUUCAUAACAGAAGAACUCCAGUACCCUCCUCUGAACCUGGGCGACCCUGAAAGUGGCUACUUGACAGAAGCCAACCUGCUGUCCAUCUCUCUUCAGAUCGGGCAGGACUGGCGCGUCAUUGGUAUUAAUCUCGGGUUGAGCUACCAGGAGCUGGACCGCAUCCAGUAUAAGUACAGGGACAACCUGGGCGCCUUGGUGCUGGACAUGCUGUUUCAGUGGGCCCGGGCGCAGAAAAGCGCCGGUCCUGGAGCGGUGUCCAGACUGGUGGCGGCCAUGGUAGAGAGCGGGAGGAGGGACGUGGCCGACGAGAUAGAGGACAUCGUCAAUAUUGGGAGGAGGAAGUACUCGGAGUCACUGAGGAGGGUGGGCCUGGAUGCAGAGGCCCCCUCCUCCUCCUCCUCCUCCUCCUCCUCCGCCGAGGCGCAGCAGUGAAUGAGCCCAUGCUGGCCGCAGAUGGCCGACGAACACUUGAGUAACCUGUUUGUUUACAGAGGACCACCAUCAGCUCAUCCCGCUGUCUGAACGACCGUCCUCCUGCACAACUGUCUGUCCUUGUCACUGUCACGAAAAAGACAACUCUCAGCCGCUGGCGCUUUUCUUUUUUAUUAAAGAACAGAAGAAGUGAAACGGAUGAACUGUGAGCUGGCCUGCAGCUUUGUUUUAUUGCACCUCUAACAAACUGUCUCAGAAUGGAAAGUGAUGCUAUUACUGCUCAUUUCUGCCAAGAAUAGAAAAGCAAUAGUUGCUAGCAGUGGUAAGUUAUGAACUAAUGUUGUUUUUAUUACUUUUUUAAUUAUUAAAUUUUAUACCAAGCAAAGGAGAAAAAGAAGAAGAGUCAUUUUUUCUUUAUCUUUUUUUUACUGUUUUUGUCACUUCAGCUUUUGCAAUAAAUCUGAAGGUUACGCAGUAAAAAUCCUCCCUAUAUUCUAACAGCCAGGUUGAUCGAUGAGCUUUAGCCGGGUACAUAAUUAACCAUUCAUAGGGUGCAGAGAGGAGUCAGGUUACACAAUGGGAGACCUGUUAAUGGUGUUUCCAGAGACUCAAACAUUCCUCAGCUAGUGUCAAAACUGUCUCACUGACUAUCUUGUACAAAAUACUUUAUUUCCAAACUGUUAUUUUCAUAGAAAAGGAGUAGGAAGAUAAUCUCGUGAUAUUAAGUCAGCUAUUUUUUUUCCCUUGAUGGAAAGACUUGUUGAUA